AUGAACGAGCCUGGCGUGCUGAGCCUGGCAUCUCGGGACAGCACGGGCGCGGUGGACACCACCGAGGAGCCCGCCGAGCUGGUCCAGGCGGACACCACCGAGGAGCCCGCCGAGCUGGUCCAGGCGGACACCACCGAGGAGCCCGCGGAGUUGGUCCAGGCGGACACCACCGAGGAGCCCGCCGAGCUGGUCCAGGCGGACACCACCGAGGAGCCCGCCGAGCUGGUCCAGGCGGACACCACCGAGGAGCCCGCCGAGUUGGUCCGGGCGGACACCACCGAGGAGCCCGCCGCGCUGGUCAAAAUCAAGCCGGUUAUGCUUGCCAGGGACAAACAUGGUUUGCUCGCAAGGAGGUUGGCAGCCCAGGGCGACGGCUCUGGCGCGCAGGAAAGCGAGGUGAUGCCGCCAAGGAAGGCGAGGAGGGCGAUGAUGAGAAAGGAGCUGGGCAAGAAGCAGGCAUCGAUGAAGGCGGAGCCAGAGAAUCCUGAAGGCUAG